AUGGAGGACCUCCUUACCCUCCACCGAAAACAGCUCCGCGACCUACAAUCCGUCAUAACCCAGAAGAAAAAAUCCGCAACUAAAAAGACCCGGCGCGGUGUAAACGACGACUGCGAACGUCUAGAACGAGAAUUAAAGGAAAAACAAGCAUCAGAAAUCGUCGCUUUAGAAAAGGAAUUAAACCCUAAUUCUGCCGCCGAUGAUGAUGAGAACGAAGGUUCUUCAGAACCAGUUGUAGGAGACAAUCCCGAGCCAGAAGGAGAAAAAGAAGAACAAGAUAUAUCCUCCAAACUCCAAGAAACCACCCUCGAAGACCCCACCACCGCCACAAACCACGAAAGGAUAGAACCCCCUUCAUCAUCAUCCAAAAAGCCUAAUAGAGCCAAAGCCCGCCUCGCCCGUCGUGCCGCCCAAAUCGACGAAAUCACAGCGCAAGCCCAACAAGAAGCCGCCGCACAACCAAACCCACGCGCCAUAGAAGCAGAACGCAUGAAACAGCUCUUCGCAGAAAACGGAUUAACAGAGAUCCAAAUCGCCCCGGAUGGUCACUGUUUAUACUCUGCUUUUGCAGCGGGGUUGGAAGGCGCUGGAAUUCCGUUGUCUGAUGAAUCGACAUCAUCUUCGUCGGAGGGGACGAAACAGAGGGGGUAUACGUUUACUAGAAAGGCGGCAGGGAGGUAUAUCGAGUCCCAUCCGGAUGAUUUUACACCGUUUUUGGAGGAAGGAGAGACGUUGGAUGGGCAUGUUAGGAAGGUUACUAGUACGGCCGAGUGGGGGGGUCAGAUGGAGUUAUUGGCGUUAGCGAAGGAGUAUGGUGUCACUGUGAAAGUUGUGCAGGCUCAGGGGGUGGGAGUUACGGCUAUGAAUGAAGAAGAGGGUGAGAAGGCAGAUGUGUGGUUGGCAUAUCAUAGGAAGGGGUAUGGGCUCGGUGAGCAUUAUAAUGCUUUGAGGAAGAAGUAA